AUGGUUAAAGGUCCAGCCUUGACCAAGACAAAUAUGAAGAUUCCUUCAAGCUCCCCAACAAGACCCGAGAAUAAGCGAGUGCAGCAAAAGUUCACAAGGAAUGUUUCAGUUGUCGGGUUAGCUUUGAUGAAGACGGGAACUUUCACUGCCAUGUAUGCUGUUAUGAUCGAGUCACCAUGGACUCUUAGAAGUUGA